ACUAAACUGAUUGUUUUAAUAGCUAUGUGUACAUUUUGCUGCUUAAUGUUGGCAUAUUCAACAUCUUCAUGAUAAAAACUAAUCCAGAGGUCAGUGCAAAUUCUGCAGUACUGAAUUGUGUCACUGGAGCGAGCAAGAUGACUUUCGUAAACUAUCCCAAGCCCCGCAGUCAGCAGCACAUUUAACAGUGCUGGGGAUGGCGGUAGAUGGAUGCUUUUGCUACGUAUUCUUCCUGACACCCAUUCAACGCCAUCGUCAGCUUGUGCUGGCAAAGAGAGAGGUGUGCUGCUAGCUAGCUGAUUGGGAAAAGCGUUCGACGUUAGUUAGCCAGAUAGAUAUUCAGCAUAAAGGCUGCAAGCAGUCAGCGGAACUCUGGAUAGCUUGCUAGCUUUUUGAUAAAAUACAUGGCUUUAACGAUGUCGUCAGCACGCGACGGAAACAACCACUUGAAGACUAACCUAAACUAGCUAGCUAUUUUAAUUGGUUCAUAGCUUUAGCUAGCUGCAUGCUAAUCUUCGACACAAAGCUACUGACUGUUAGUUGGCUAUAUUGUGAACUUCAUGGCCAACAAAAUGACUCUUGUCUGAUGAAGCACAUCACAGGAUUUACUUUUCCAGCUCUAAAAAGUAGCACGACUCCACUGGAGAAGGACGCAAAAUGAAGAAACAGUUCAAUCGGAUGAAACAACUCGCCAACCAAACAGUUGGCAGAGCAGAGAAAACAGAAGUUCUCAGCGAUGACCUUCUACAGAUUGAGCGGCGCAUGGAGAUGGUACGUGUGGUCUCCCACAACACGCACAAGAGGAUGGUCACCUGUCUGCAGGGCCACAUUGGCACCGACGCAGAGAAGAGACAUAAAAAGCUUCCUCUGACAGCGCUGUCUCAAGCCAUGGUGGACGGAGGCAGUCAGCUGGGAGAGGAGUCUCUGAUUGGGAAGAUGAUGGAGGUGUGUGGGGAGGCAGAGAACAGGCUGGCGUCAGAGCUGCUGCAGCAUGAGGUUCAGAUAGAGAAAGACGUGCUAGACCCCCUCAACCAGCUAGCAGAGGUGGACAUUCCCAACAUCCUGAAACAGAGGAAGCAGCUAGCCAGGCUAGUUCUUGACUAUGAUUCUGCCAGAGCGAGGUGGUUGCAGGCAACCAAGUCGAUAAUCUCAGGAACAAACACUCAAGCACUGACGGCCAAGGCAGACCUGCUCAAAGAGGAGGUGGAUGAAGCUAUGAAUAAAAUGGAACUGUGCAAGGAUCAACUGGCUGCAGACAUGUACAAUUUCUUCUCAAAGGAAGGGGACUAUGCCUGCUACUACGUAAUGCUCUUAGAGGCCCAAGCUGAUUACCAUAGAAAGUCUCUGAUUGUCCUCGAGAGUGUCCUGCCAACCAUACAAGCACAGCAAGACUCGUGGACAGAGAAGCCAGCGUUUGGGACGGGGCUGGAGGAGCAUCUGAAGAGGAGCAGCAGAGAGAUCGCUCUGCCCUUAGAGGCCUGCAUCAUGAUGCUGCUGGAGACUGGCAUGAAGGAGGAGGGCCUCUUCAGGAUCGCAGCAGGGACCUCAAAACUGAAGAAGCUCAAGGCUGCUCUGGACUGUUCCACCUCACAGCUGGAGGAGUUCUACUCGGACCCCCACGCUGUCGCUGGAGCCCUGAAGUCUUACCUGAGAGAACUACCUGAACCUCUGAUGAGCUUCCAGCUUUACGACGAGUGGAUUCAGGCGUCUAGUGUUCCAGAGCCAGACAAGCGACUGCAGGCCCUCUGGGUUGUGUGUGAUCAAUUACCAAAGAACAACAAAGCCAACCUAAGGUAUCUGGUGAAGUUCCUGUCCAAGCUGGCRCAGGACAGUGAGGUCAACAAGAUGACCCCUAGCAACAUCGCUAUUGUACUGGGACCAAACCUGCUGUGGGCCAAAAUGGAGGGCACUCUAGCUGAGAUGGCUGCUGCUACCUCUGUUCACGUGGUGACCAUCAUAGAACCCAUCAUACAACACGCUGACUGGUUCUUCCCUGAGGAUGUGGAGUUUAAUGUAUCAGGGAUGUUUGCCAUGCCCACCCCUCCUUCCAACCACAUCAACCACUCUAUGGAGUACGACUGUUCCACCAUCGAGAGGAAGAGGCCUGGUAGCAUGGUGGGGCCAGAGAACGAUACCCUUCGCAAGGACAGGUAA